GUGACUUAUGCUCCAGCCAAUUAGCUUCUUUUAAGUAGUAUCUUGUAUACUGUUUGAAAGGUAACAUUGUUGUGUGUGAUGUUAUUAAAUAAUAUUUGAUAAUAAUAGUAUUAAGCAAGAAUUUUUCAAAGAAAAUAUGGACUUGGAUACUUCUUAUAUUGAACCUUUACUUGAUGAUUGGCUAGAAGAACUUCAAUCAAUCAUUAAAGCGCAAGAAAGUUUUAUCAAAGCUAAAGACGAAUUUUACAUGCCAUUUGUAGCUAUACCAAUUCCAAUUAUCAAUGCAAUAUUUAAAAUAACAGAAUAUCUCCAUUUGGGGCCAGAUACUAGAUACAUUGCUAUUCACUUAUAUGAUAAAUUUAUGUGUAGCUAUUUUUGGGAAGUAUAUAGAAAUGCUGAUCAAACAGAAAGUUCUUGGUCUCAAGUUUGUAAAAAAGUAGCAAGUCAAUCAAAAUUAUACCUCAUGUCUUGUUUGCAAUUAGCAAAUAAAAUGGAUUCACAUUUCAACAAGUUAAGAAUAUCGCAAGUACUUGGUAUCUUACGGUGUAUAGACAAAAAAUCUGAAUACACACCCAAUGUAAUUUUUCUAUCAGAAUAUAAGGUAUUUAAGACUGUUGGAUUCAGAAUGCCAUUUUACACUCCGUUAAAUUGCGUAGAAAUUCUUUUAGCUGCAACAGGACUCAAGGAUACUCCAAAUAUGCAAGAACUUACUAUAAAUUUAUUGGAUCUAGUUUAUCUGCAGAUAUAUAUGGUUAUAGAGGGAGGAAAUAUAUUUUCAUUUGCAAUGUUUGUUGCAAGAACAUAUAGCAAAGACUCAACAAGAAAAGAGGAGUCUUAUGAUGUUAAUGUCAAAUAUAUUAUUUUUGGGAGCUUCUAUCGUUCUUUGUGGGGCAUUCUUUUUGUGUAUAGAUUGUAAAUCAGUAAGAAUUAUAGCUUCAAAAUUAUCGCAAUUAAUAGAUAUGAAGAUUCAUGAUAUUUGGGAUAUGGCUAACAUACUUCUUAUAAUGGCAAUUCAAGAAUAAUUCUUAAAAAAUCUAUGUAAAAGUAAACUUUUAUAUAUUGUAUAUUUCAUA